CGUCUGGCAGAGCCAAGCUUUUCCGGUUAAAGUUAUGUUGCACUUGGUUUGGUAUAAAAACUCUCGCCGCCAUCUGCAGUCGUGCCAGUUGUGGAUUUGCACUUAACCCACUAGUUAACCCAAACGGAGUAUUUCAAGCUAUGAAAGCCUUUGUGUGUCUUCUGCUCAUUGGAGCGGCCAGUGUGAUGGCUAACCCUAAGCCCGGCGGAGGAAGUGGCUGGUCCUCUGGAGGAGGUGGAGGCAGUUGGUCAUCGGGAGGUGGUGGCGGUGGUGGCCAUGGCGGCGGAGGAGACGUACAAAUUAUUAAAGUUAUCACCGAGAGUGGGUCUUCUGGAGGCGGCGGGGGAGGAGGUGGAUGGUCCUCUGGUGGCGGCGGAGGAGGAGGUGGAUGGUCUUCUGGAGGCGGCGGGGGAGGAGGUGGGUGGUCUUCUGGAGCUGGCGGGGGUGGCUGGUCCUCAGGGGGAGGCGGCGGAAGCGGCAGCAGCAGCGAUGUUAAACUCAUCAAAAUCAUUAGUCUCGGAGGUGGUGGAGGACAUGGUGGUGGAGGAGGACAUGGUGGUGGAGGAGGACAUGGUGGUGGUGGAGGAGGCUGGUCUUCAGGAGGAGGAGGUGGCGGUUGGUCAUCAGGUGGAGGUGGUGGCCACGGAAGUAGCGGAGGUGGCGGCACCAAGGUCAUCAAAAUCAUCAAACUGAGCUCUGGAGGCCAUGGAGGUGCCGGCAGCGGUGGCGGCCACGGAGGCGGCGGUGGUGGCGGUUGGCAGCCCGCUGGAGGUUGGGCAUAAUCCUAGUCCAAUCCUAGAAAGCCAUCAAAUUAAUCUUCAACCACUUUUGUAAAUACUGUAUAUAUGUAUCCAAGAUAAUUUUUUUUAGUAUUGUUACAUAAAUUAUAUAGCAAAUGGCACUUGCUUGUAACAACCAAUUCGUUAAAUUCCUGUUCGUCUGGUAAUUUAAAACGAACUAUGAUUAAAUUUGUAUGGCACAAAAUCGCCUAAAUAUAGUCUUGAAUGAGUCUUGGGAUUGUAUAUUUUGGCGAAAUUUAUGGAAAGAACAUAAAGGAGAAAUUAUAAAUUUGCUAUAUCCGUUACUCGCCAAGGAGUACUCGGAAGAAACUUCAACAUUUCGUAUAGGAAAAUGUUCUGUUGAAUACAGGUGGAUAGCGAAUUUACUAUAAAAUUCAAUAAGGUAAGUAUUCAAAUUUUGGGCAACUAUUUUUAUAGACUUAUCAGGGGUUAGUUCAUAACAUGCCCAAAAAUGAGAUCACCGCUAAAAUGAAGACUGUUUUGUACUGCCAAUAAAAAUAGCUAACUUUUCCUA